AUGGGUAGCUCGGGAAAGUCCAGCGUGAACGGAAUCGAUGCGUCGGUGGGUGGUUUGGUUUGGGUCCGGCGAAGAAACGGGUCGUGGUGGCCGGGUCGGAUAAUGGGUCUUCACGAAUUGUCGGAGAGUUGCUUGGUUUCUCCGAGAUCGGGUACUCCCGUCAAGCUCUUAGGUCGUGAGGAUGCAAGCGUGGAUUGGUAUAAUCUUGAAAAAUCAAAGCGGGUAAAAGCUUUUCGCUGUGGUGAGUAUGAUGAAUGCAUUGAGAAGGCAAAGGCAUCAGCUGCCAAUUCAAACAAGAAGGCAGUAAAGUAUGCCCGCAGGGAAGAUGCUAUUCUUCACGCUCUUGAGCUAGAGAAUGCUCACUUGGACAAGGAAUCAUUAAGCUUAUGCUCUGGGUUAGAUAAACCUGGUAGUGAACAUGGAGGUUCAGCUGGAGAAUUACCACUCAUGUCUAAUUCUGGUGAAGACAAUGAAGAUGUGACUGAUGAUCUGAGUGACUCUGAUGACAAUUCUAAUUCAGCUCCAGAAUUGUCACAAUCUGUUAUAUCUUUUGAAGUGCCUAAUCACAAUGGUUCUUUAAAGAUGCAAUCUGUGCAAGGAAGGAGGAGAAGAACACCUAAUGAUUCAGAAGAUGAUGGAUCUGAAGGAGUCAAGCGAAUGAGAGGACUUGAAGACUUGGGCAUUGGUGUAGUGUCAAAGAAAAAGGUCCAAGGUACAGGUGCAACUGAGAUUGGUCAGCACAUUAGUGCUUCACUUAACAAUUCUACUGCAGGGAACUGCCUUGGAAAUGGAACAUCUGUAAAUGGUGGUAAAGGUUAUUCUUCAACAUUGAAAAGGAAGAGAUCACAAGUGGCAAAUGUUCAUGAGUUAUUGAAAAGGAAAAAUCGUCGCCGGCCCUUGACUAAAGUUUUGGAGAGUACAGCCAUGGUGUCAGUUCCUGUCAUCUGUGAUCAGCUUCCCAGUUCAAACAGUUCCCCAUUAUGUGGGGUAACUGAUGGAAGAAUUUCAGGAUUAGAUUCUAAUGAUUCAAAGAAAACUUUUCCAAUGGAAACACAUAAUUCAGAUAAUACUGAUGCUGCUUGUGAGAAUGGGGCUGCAUUAAUUGUUCAUGACCAUGGUAGUGGCGAUGAUGGUUCACCAAUCAAUCAUGGGGUCAAGGAGAAUGAAACUUCUGGCAUACCAGGGCUAGUUGGCAAAGAUUCUCCUGAUAAAUUAUUUGAUGUGCCAUUUGUUGGGGUUCUGGCGGAGGAGAAACACUCUCCGGAUUUCUCACCCAUUCUGGUUUCUUGUUCACCUGACAAGCCACAAGUUAGUGCAUUGGGACAACAGACUUGUAAUGCUAGUCAAUGUGAAGCUGUGUCAUCAAGAGAUGAGAGCAAGAACGAAACUGGUUGUACCGGUUCAGCUGCUGGUCACAAUAUUGUUGGCCAUAGACAAGACAAAGGUAGUUCAAAGUGGCAGUCAAAAGGAAAGAGGAAUUCAAGACAUACAAGUAAAAGUAUAAAGCAUGUCACAAGAAAAUAUGUGGACCCAGACCACCAAUCCAGUGCUUAUUUGCCAGGAAUUGGAAAUUCAGAUGGAACCUACCAGGGUACUGGUUCAAAAGCUGAUUGGAAUGGCAUGGGUGCACCACAUACUUCAUAUAAUUGUAAUUCUCAAGUUAAAUGCAAACCUGUUGCUGAAGGCCAACUAGAAGGAUUCCGGGAUUUGAACAAGCAUAUUAAGGGUACAACAGGAGAGGCAAAGCUCUUAUCUGAUGGAUCUCUCACACCUCAGAGAUUACUUCCGUAUCGCCAUUCACGCUUCACUGUCAACUCCAGAUAUCAAAUGGCAGAUUUCCCUGGAAGAAACUAUUGUUCUGAUGCUUCAUUAUAUGAUGUUAAGCUAGAAGUUAAAUCCAGCUACCGACCACAACACGUUCCUUUGGUUUCUCUUGUGAGUAAACUGAAUGGCAAGGCCUUUAUUGGACACCCUUUGACAGUUGAGGUUUUGGAAGAGGGUCAUUGUGAUAGGAUGUUGAGUGGCAUUGGAUGUCACUUGGAAGCUGGUGAUGUGUUUUCGGUGGCCAAGACAAACUUGGUAACCGGAAGAAUACAUUCCAAGAAUUCAACACGUUUUUCACCUAGUAAAUCUUCCAAGAUGAAAAAAACCGGGCUGUUGAAUAAAAAGAUUCGGAAAUUGUCGUCGUUGACAGGUCAUAGACAGUCAGAAGAGGGGAGAAAACCAGUGGUAGAUAAGCUCAAGGGUCCUGUCAUAGCUUGUAUUCCCCUUAAAGUAGUGUUCAGUAGGAUAAAUGAAGCAGUGAGUGGUCAAGCACGGUCGACACACCGUGCAUUACCAACAUCAUCCAACCCAUGA